GCCCAGAUAUUUUCUUAGCGGCAGCCAUGCCACCUCAGGAGCAGUGGAAGCGGCCGCGAUCAUAGGUUGCGCGGCAUAAGAGGAGCAGCCUCUUGAGGUGAUGGUCUCCGGCGAUGCUGCCAAAGAGUACGCGGCGGGCUUUGCCGCCGGUAUCGCGAUGGUCAUCACUGGUCAUCCCUUCGAUACUGUCAAGGUGAAGUUGCAAGCUCACAACACUAAAACACAAGUAAAGGAGUAUAGGAACGCGUUACACUGUACUAGACGGAUAAUAAGCACUGAAGGAGUUAAAGGACUGUAUAGAGGCGCAUCAUCUUCGUUCAUUGGGAUAGCACUUGAGAGCUCCCUUUUUUUUGGCAUUUACUCCCAAACAAAGCAGCUUUUACAGGGAGAAUCCCGGAGCAGCAAGCCACAACUCCAGGUGAUUAUACCUUCCGGUGCAUGCGUUGGCACAAUAAUUAGCUUAAUACUUUGUCCCGUGGAACUAGUGAAGUGUAGAGUGCAAGUCCAGGGAAAGGAUUCAGCGCUGUCCAGCUACCACAGAUACAACGGUCCUCUAGAUUGUGCUCUAAAAACUUUUAAGAAUGAAGGGAUAAAAGGUAUGUUCCGCGGAGGGCUCACAACUACGCUACGUGAAUCAAUCGGAAACGCCAUCUUCUUUACCACUUAUGAGUCGAGUCGCUAUUACAUACAUUCUAAACUUAAUCAUGCUGAAGGCCAGGCCUCAAAAAUCUUACAAGAUGUGGGAAUUGGGAUCAUAACUGGAGGAUUAUCUGGAAUGGCUUUCUGGGCCACCGUUCUGCCAUUGGAUGUUGCAAAAACUGUGAUUCAGACAUCCCCUGAUGCCAAAUCUAGCCGCAAUCCUAUGCAGACGUUAUACUCGGUAUCUAAUUUGGAGAUGGAAGAUUUACUUAGAUACCACACAUUUUUUAUGUCUUGGACCCACUUUGGCGAGAGCAUUUCCUGCAAACGCUGCUGCUAUUGUUGCAUUGGAACUCACUGCAAGGAUGCUUGGUGUCAAGCGCGAUUGAUUUUGGAGGUUUAUUCUUUUGAGCAUUACUUUGUUCUAAAAUGAAUUCAACUCUUUCAUCGAGAACAAAGGGCAUGGGUGCAGUACAAGAUCUCAAAAUUUUUUGCAGAUGCAACCAGCAAUGCCUUUUAUACACAUGUCAAAAAGGAGAGAAUCGUGGAAGAAAAUUUUAUAGAUGUCCUCAAAAUUGCUCGCCAGAUAGUUGCGGUUUUCUCAAAUGGGCUGACGAAAUGGAUGCUACGGACGAUGCGACGAAGUAUCAAUUACUAGCUUAUGAGGAGAAGCUUACUGAAAAACUUGAGUCGAUUACAUUUCAAAUGAAGUUUAUAUUAGCAAUCCUCAUUGUUAAUGUAGCCCUCUUGUUAGCUUUGUUCAAGUUUUUUUUGAACAUGAGGUGAAAUAUUGAAUGAUUUAGUGAAGCUAAGUUGGAAAGGUGAUGAAUAAAAGAUAUCAAGUGUUAUGAAUUUCUUAAGUUUGUGUUGAUAUAUGUUUAGAUUAGACAAAAGAUUGUUUGUUCUUUACAAUAAUAUGCAAUUAGUGGUCAUAUACAUUGUUGUAG